AUGAUCCCCCCGGAAUGGAGCAGCCGUUAUGAAGAUCUUGUCACAGACAUAUGUGAGCCUACAAAGUUCAUCUCAAUUCAUCACUUGCAGGCGCCCGAGUUCACCGCGAGAAACAUGGCCGCCGCGGCCGCGGUUUCGAUAAUGGACAACUGGGAGGGCGUCACACUAUAUUAUGGCGCUCAGAGCAACGAGCGAAAGCAGGUAAUUUCCGCGAUCAAAGCAGUGGUAGAGCAGAAUCCUGGAUGUUCCGACCCCAGCGCACAUGCCGUGGAUUACGCUACGUUGACGCGCAGCAUUGAGACGACGCCCUUUCACGCGACUACGAAUUUGGCCAUCAUACUAGAAGCGGACGCAGACAUGUCUAUCGAGUAUGCUCACUGCAUCAUCACCAUAUCCCAGAAGCUGAGAGGCCUGAAUCUCGAGAGCUCGGACGGCCAAGGAGGAAUACGCCUGCUCACGGUCUCCCGCGACUCGUUCGAUGAUCGAUUACGAAAGCUCCUGUCCAUCGGCGAUACAUUGUACCAACGGGUACCACGAGAGGUUCGACUCGAAUUUCCAGAAGAAUGCAUUAUCGAGGAGGGAGGUCUGCAAGGUCUACCUAGACACUUCACGGUACGCAAAUCUACUGUUCAUGACGGCGGUAACCUGCGACCGGUCACUCUGCGGCUGAUGGAGCUCCAACCCGAAAGCAACGAUAUUUGGCUAGAGGCUGCCGCGCAAAUCGCCAGUUCUAAUAAGAAGAUGCACCUCAUAGUGUGCUUUGAGCCAUGGCCAGACUUGGCCAGAGCCAAAGAUGCCGUGGGCAAAAUGAAAACUUUAGGGUUCUUCUCACAAAGGCCAACGUCUCAAGCUGCGGCGUUCAGUCCCUACCAACCCUUGGCAGCUCUUUUUACAGAAUGGCUACAUACCGUAGCCUGGAUGCAGAACAAUGUGGGCGGUGAGGUACUACAGGGAGAGAGCGAUGAAGGAAAACACGUUUUCAUGGCACUGGUUCAGGACGGGAUGGUGCCAUCCAAGGAAGUGGUGUUUGCAGGCUGCGAUCAAUUUUGGGAUCAAUCAUGGAAUUUGAUCCUCAUUCUGGGCAACGAGACCAUAAAUUUCCAUUACCAGGAAUCGAUACACAAUGUACAUUCCGUUGAACUUCAGAGCGGUAUCAUCGAACGGUGGGAUCAACUCAGCUGGCUCACAGCUGUCCCAGGCGACGCUGUUGUCAUCGACCGAUAUGGCUGGGCAUUGGAAGCCGCCAAAGCAUGGAGGGAGAGAGGUACCGGCUACUACAUCGACCGAAAUGACGAAGGUUGGCAGUAUCGGCGAGUAGGUUCGUCAGCCAUAGAGGGAAGCCGCCUGGCUGAUUUCCUGGUGCUGCUGGCAGCCGAGCGCAAAGAGAGAAACAUCGCCAGCCACGACGUCCAUGCCACCAUAACCUCAUUGAUAACUCAGCGACAGACUUGGCGUCAUGUCAUGGCCCAGCUUGUAUACCAGCGGAUUCUGAACGUGGAUGAGCGAGAAACUCUGAGCGAUGGGAGCACAGAGACUCCGGGGCCUGUUGAUAUGAUGCGUCUACCACAAAUUGAUAUGGGUGGCCCAGGUAGAUUGUUGUCUGAAGUUGAACUGCUACGGAGCGCCAACUAUGACUACAGGCUCGCAGUCUUGCUCAGUGCGCAGCCAACAGAUCACAAUGCAGAGCGUUGCAAAACUCUUCUCGGUGCUUGCAUCCUGAGUGGCAUGGAUCGCUUGUUGGUUGAUGAGAAUGGCGAGCUGGAUCAACUUGCAAGGGCGGGCCCAUUUGCCGAGUAUGAUAUUGAGGGCCUCGCCAAAUCGGCGACUGGAAUCCUGUCCGAGAUCGCAAGCCUUGGGACAUGGUGGCUCAAAAUCGGCCUAUGGCAUAGGGUCGGCUGGUCAUCAAGUCAAAUGGGGAAUCUCCUCUGCAGUGGUCGCCCACAGCCCGAGACUUAUGGGGAGGGCCUUCCCAACGGCAAGCGGUGCGAAGUGUUUUUUAAAACAAUCUACAAUAUUCUGGUAUUGUUGCAGGCGCCGGAUAGUGUCAUAGGCAGGCUGCAGUUGAGCGAGCAACCACCUCCCGACAGGUGGCCACUAGACACCGCAGGCAUACCAAGACCGUCGUUGAACCUAUUCUAUGGGCAGCUCACAAGCGCAUUCAUCCUUGAUUUGGUAGAGUGUCGUUUCGUGAAGCAGGAUAACAUGGAUUACAUCCGAGUGUCAAAGGUGCAUGGUGAUCUUGUGAUGGAACCAAGAUGGGGAUACAUCACCUCCAUGAUACGUAAUAUCCUUAGAGGACAACGUACCGGCUUGAUAUACGGGAUAGUUCCAACGACACCAGCUCAAGUUUUAGGAUACGGAGGCAGGAGGGUGCAUUUGUUUGAUGAAUGGAUUUGGAUUCCGACUCGGUGUCUCAAUGACUGGCAUCAACGUCACCAUCCAAACGAGGAAAUCUUGGCUGGACUCCGCAAUCUUAUGUAA